CUCUCUCUCUCCUGACUCUUCUCUCUCUGCCCAACCCAACUCAACUCUCUCUGUCUCUCUCUUAGUUACAAAGUCUGUUCCUUUAGCAGUUGUAGUGUGUGUAUUAAUAUUAAUUUAUUUUUUGUAUUCCUGGUUUUUCUUCAAGUUUCCAGUUGUGUUUUUACAACUCAUGUCUGUAGAAAAGACUGCAUCUUUCAUGGAAAUCGCAAGGCUCUGCAAAUUUCAGAGCUUUGGUCAAGCUAGAGGUCUAUUAGUUCUCCUAGCUCUUGUCACCAAAUCCAGUUCUGGGUUUCUUAAUAAACUUGCUUCCUCUCAUUGCUUCCAUCUCACUACUUGUGGUUCUUUUCUAAUGUAACUCACUGCUUUAGUUCUUGCUUCAAGUCAUCAUUGCAUAGAAUAAUAAUUCACCUAUUCAUUCUGGUACUAUUAUUUUAUUGUUCUCUGAUUGCUUCUUCAUCAUUGAGGAGUGGGGGUGGAGAUUAUUGAGAUUUGUGUUGUAUGGGAAUGGUGAUGCCAGCCUUUCUCCAGCUGAUUAAUCUCUUUGUCCUUGCAUUUGCUUUAGCUCUCCAAGGAUCUGCAGGAUUGAAUCCAUCACCAUCACCAGAAUUUCUCUCUGUGAACCCUCCUAUUGAGACAACACCUGGUCCUCUACCUCAAAGCAAGUCAUUUGGAAGUAAUGUACCAAACCCAGCAUUACAGCCAAAUGGGUCAGAUUUGCACCCUGCGCCUGCAAUGCCACCUCUUAUGCCUCCUAAAAUUGAAGGACAAGUGCCAUCCGUUUCACCAAGUACUCCAGCAGUGGUGCCACCACAGUUUACAGCUCCUCCACCAGUAUAUGUACAAACUCAUGCACCGUCUGUGCCGCCAACUAUUCCCACCAAAAAGACACAGGUACCAUCCCUUUCACCAAGUACUCUAGCAGUGUUGCCACCACAAAAUGCAGCUCCGCCACUAGUAGAUGUACAAACUCAAGCACCAUCUGUGCCCCCUACUGUUCCCCCUAAAAAGACACCAGCUAAUAAUGGUCCUAUCUCAGUGCCAGUUGCUCCAGUUGCAACACCUUCGAGGAAUGUGCCACCAAUUUCACCAGUCAUUAAUCCAAGUACACCAGAGACUUCACCAUCAAUUUCUCAUCAAGGAAAUGUGCCAGGAAAUAAGGUUCCCAUACCAGAACCAAAUGCUCCAGCACCUAUUUCAUCACUGCCAAGAGCAUCAGGACCGAAUACAUCUGUAGUCCAUUCUACCUCUCCGAGUUUAGCACCAGCUAUAUUACCUAUACCAGUUGCAUCACCAAGUAAACAGCCUCAAAAUCCACCCUCACAUCAUCCUGUUACACCGGCAGAACCUCCAUCCACACUUCCUGAUCCUGAAGUCUCACCUGAAUCAUCUCCUCCCCCAAGCAUUAGCUGGAAAAAGGAUGGAAAUCCAGUUGUAUCACCACCAUAUGAAGCUCCAAAGCCAUCAGUACCCGUGGACCAUACUCCAGCUAUAGCUCCAUCUGUCAACAAACCUGUGGUGUCAUCUCCUACCCCAAGCUCCAAUCGGAAAAGGUAUAAAACACCAGUUGUUGCAUCCCCAGUUGAAGCUCCCAAGCCAUCACUACCCAUGGGGCACACCCCAGCUAAAGCUCCAUCUGUCCACAAAACUAUAGCAUCAUCUCCUUCCCCCAGCAUUCAUCGGAAAAAGGGUGGAACAAUGGUUGUUGCACCACCAUAUCUAGCUCCUAAGCCAUCACUACCCAUGAGUAAUUCCCCAGCUCAAGCUCCUUCUGUCCACAAAUUCGUGAGACAUUAUAAACUUGCCCCUGGACCAUCGGAUUCAUUUCCUGAACCUCCUUCUGAUAAAGGAUACAGUACUCCCGCAUCAUCGCCUCCAAGCUCAUUGUAUAAGCAUCAUCAUACCAAUCCUUCUGCACCAUCAUAUCCAGUUUCUCCUUCCACUUCAGAACACCAAGGUCCUGUGAUUGCACCGGCACCACAAAGGAGGCGAGGACAUUAUGCUCCAACACCUCUAUAUCCAGGGCCAGCUCCCCCAUCUCAUUUACCUGUCGCUCCAUCAGCAAACCACGUUUCACCUGCUCCUUCCCAAUCUCCAAAAGAUGCAUCUGACUAUACCAAUAUGCCCCCAAUUCGUUCUGCUCCAGGGUCUCUCUCAGCAAGUCCAAAAGUGCCGCCUCUGCCGCAAGUUCAUGCAUUACCACAUCCACCACCCAAUGCAGAUUGUUCAUCAAUGAUUUGUACAGAUCCCUAUACCAUUACCCCUCCUGGGUCACCUUGUAUCUGUGUCUUGCCUAUGCAAGUUGGACUGCGCUUCAGCGUUCCUCUCUAUACUUUUUUCCCCUUAGUUUCAGAGAUAGCCAAGGAAAUAGCAGUUGGCGUUUUCAUGCAACAAAGUCAGGUUCGCAUCAUUGGAGCCAAUGCUGCUACUCAGGACCCAGACAAAACAGUAGUCCUUAUUGACUUAGUUCCCCUAGGGGAAAAGUUUGACAGCACCACUGCUUUCUUGACUGACCAGAGAUUUUGGCAUAGACAAGUUGUUAUAGAAGCAUCCUACUUUGGGGACUAUGAAGUACUAUAUGUGCGCUACCCAGGUUUGCCUCCAUCUCCUCCUUCUUCGGACGCUGACGUAUUAAAUGCGGGACCAUAUCCUGCUAAUAACAAUAAUGUAAGGGCUAAGCCCUUUGGGGUUGCUGUGCCCAAGAGGAGGCAUAAAAGUGGGCUUAGUGGCGGCAUCAUUGCUAUUAUUGCUCUGUCAUCCUUUGUAGUAGUUGCUUUAUGCUCUGCUGCAGCUUGGGUUUUCCUAUUCAAACCUAGAGACCGUGCUUCUCAAUUGUCAUCAACUCCAUGGACUUUGUUACCUUCUAUUGGAAAACGAUCAGGUACUAUUGGGUCUUUGAGGGAUAGCAGGCACAGUUCCGCAUCAUUAUCAUUUGGAUCUAGCAUUGCAACAUAUACAGGAUCUGCUAAUACUUUCAGUGCAAGUGACAUAGCGAAAGCCACUGACAAUUUUGAUCCUUCAAGAAUAGUCGGUGAAGGUGGCUUUGGGCUUGUUUACAGUGGUGAUCUUGAAGAUGGAACCAAGGUUGCCGUCAAAGUUCUAAAAAGAGAUGAUCAGCAGGGUGGUCGGGAGUUUUUGGCUGAAGUUGAGAUGCUUAGUCGUCUUCACCAUCGAAACUUGGUCAAGUUGAUUGGCAUAUGUGUAGAAGAGCACCGCUGCUUGGUUUAUGAACUCAUUCCUAAUGGCAGUGUGGAAUCUCAUUUGCAUGGAAUUGACAAAGAAACUGCUCCACUUAAUUGGGGUCCAAGGAUGAAAAUAGCACUUGGUGCUGCUCGGGGUCUGGCAUAUUUACACGAGGAUUCCAGCCCCCGUGUCAUACACAGAGAUUUCAAAUCCAGCAAUAUUUUGCUGGAAAAUGAUUUUACACCAAAAGUGUCUGAUUUUGGUUUGGCACGGACUGCCUUGGAUGAGGAAAACAGACACAUAUCAACCCGUGUAAUGGGAACUUUUGGGUAUGUGGCUCCAGAAUAUGCAAUGACGGGGCAUCUUCUUGUCAAGAGUGAUGUCUACAGCUAUGGGGUUGUCCUUCUUGAACUCUUAAGUGGAAGAAAACCAGUUGACAUGUCACAGCCACCUGGUGAAGAAAACCUGGUUGCAUGGGCCCGUCCACUGCUCACAAGUCAAGAAGGGUUGGAAGCACUUGUAGAUAAAAAUUUAGGAUCUGAUGUUCCAUUUGACAGUAUAGCGAAAGUUGCUGCUAUUGCUUCAAUGUGUGUACAACCAGAGGUAUCACAUCGACCUUUUAUGGGGGAGGUUGUUCAGGCCUUGAAGCUUGUUUGUAAUGAGAUUGAUGAUGCAAAAGAACUAGGUUCACGAAGUUCUAGCCGUGAAGAUUUACCCAUUGACAUGGCUGCUGCUGCAAGUACUACCUCGGAACAAAUGCCGUAUCCUUUCCAGCGCCAAUAUUCUGCUCCCACCUAUGAUUCAGAUCUUGACAUGGACAGGGAAGCUUCAUUGUUGAAGUUGUACAGUACAUCGGUGAGAACUGGGGGAGAAGAUUCAGAGUCAUUUCGGAGGCACUCAAGUUCAGGUCCCUUGGGAACAGGAAGGAGUAAGCAGUUCUGGCAAAAACUGAGAUCAUCUAAAGGCAGUGUGAGUGAACAUGGGUUUAUGUUGAAGUUAUGGCAAGGAUCACAUUGAAUGCUUGAUCACAUCAAGAUUAUGAGUUGAUGCCAAGAUGGAUUUCUUGUUGAAGCAAAAGGCAGGGCAUUCAAAAAGCAGGCACACGUUGCAGAAAGGCCCGUGAGUUCUGGGAACAUAGACAUCAGCAAAUCUGUAAUAGAGAUGGAGGGCCUGUAUGGUCACAGAAGCUAGAGUAUGAGCCAGGUUUGAAAGAACCUAUCGCAUUUUAUCAAAGUUUGUAGAUUAAAAAAGUUUUGAGGCAGCUUGAAGCUUUUGUAUUUGUAAAUUCCUUGCUGUGUAGUUACAUAUCCAACUGUACAGACGAUUUUGUACAAUAACUGUUCCCGUUACUUGUAUACACACACCAUUUUCAAAUAAACUUUGGACUAGCCACUUCCAUUCA